CAAAAAUGCCACUCCACAGCAGAAACGGAAGGUUUUCUGAAACCAUAGCAACCUCCGUCGCUUCUGCUCCGUAACCUUCGUUACAUUGCUACCAUCCGUCGAGAAGAACCCGCUUGUUUGGAUCCGACUCUCCAUGGCCGGAAAGCUUAUGCAAGCCGUUCAGUACGAUGGAUAUGGCGGUGGGGCCGCUGGCUUGAAACAUGUGGAGCUUCCAGUUCCUUCUCCAAAGAAGGAAGAGGUUCUAAUAAAAUUGGAAGCAGCUAGUAUAAAUCCAGUUGAUUGGAAAAUUCAGAAAGGCAUGCUGCGCCCAUUUCUGCCUCGGAAAUUUCCAUUUGUUCCAGUUACUGAUGUAGCAGGAGAGGUAGUUGAGGUUGGUCAGGGAGUCAACAAUAUCAAAGUUGGCGACAAAGUAGUGGCCAUGCUCAACACUCUGAAUGGAGGUGGGUUAGCUGAGUACACUGUGGCCCCAGCGAAGUUGACAGUUAAGCGCCCCCCUGAGGUAUCGGCGGCUGAAGCUGCAGGCUUACCAAUAGCAGGCCUCACUGCACUUCAAGCACUCACCAAUGCUUCGGGGAUCAAGCUCGACAUUAGUGGCAAGCAAUCAAACAUUCUAAUCACUGCAGCCUCGGGUGGGGUUGGCCACUAUGCAGUCCAGCUGGCGAAGCUCGGCAACACCCACGUAACGGCCACAUGUGGGGCCCGCAACAUUGAGUUUGUCAAGAGCUUAGGAGCGGAUGAGGUGCUCGACUACCGGACCCCAGAGGGCUCAGCCUUGAAGAGCCCAUCUGGGAGGAAAUAUGAUUCAGUGAUCCAAUGCACCACUGGCAUUCCAUGGUCCACUUUUGAGCCCAAUCUGGAUGAAAAUGGGAAGGUGGUGGACAUCACGCCGGGCCUUGGAGCACUGAAGACAUUCGCACUGAAGAAGCUGACAUUUUCGAAGAAGACUUUGGUGCCAUUGUUGUUGAUCCCCAAGGGUGAGAAUUUGGAGUAUUUGGUAGGGUUGGUAAAGGAAGGGAAGCUGAAGACAGUGAUAAAUUCCAGGCAUCCUUUGAGUCAGGCGGAGGAUGCAUGGGCAAAGAGCAUUGAGGGCCAUGCUACUGGUAAGAUCAUCGUAGAGCCUUGAGAGUAUAAGGAUCUGUGGCUGAUAUCUGAGUAUUGGAUGGAGAUUUAUGGACAUAAAACCAAAUGUUUGGCGGUUUAUCUACAUGUAAAUGGUGUAUUGAACUAUUAUUUGGCUAUUUGGUUUAUAUGUAAAAAUGUUGAUCUAUAUAAAUCUCGAAUGUAGACUGUUGGUUUCA